AAUUGAUGUUAGCAUGAAAAUCCUCAAAAUUCAGAAAAAUAUUCUUUUCUUUUGUAUUAAUUAAAUUAUUUUUUUUUUUUGUCUUUCCUCCGUGUUAGCUAGAUUAAAGAAAAUCUUACAAAUUAUUAUUUCCUACGUAUUUGUGCUGGGAGAGCGUAAUCAGCGCCUAAUACAAGUACUUUGAGUAUAUUUUGUUUAGUAUAUUGGAACAGAAAGUGUAAGUAUACAUUUGGCUUAGCUUCUCACUUAUUGGCGAUAAAACUUGAAACUCAACUGGUUGGCCACCUUGUUUUUCUUUAAGCUCUCUCUGUCUGCAACAAGUGUGGGUGCGCGCGCGACUUCUUUCACUCAGAUCUCUCAUCAGAAUGGCUGCAAUGCGAGGAGGUUUCCGAUCAAUCUUAUCAAAUGGAAGUAUCCUCAAGAAUGCAGUUCUGCAACGUGUCCGUUUGGGAAAUCCAGUUCUGCGACCUCUUCUGUUUUCACGACACGAGUCAGUGUCAUCUGCCCGUAUAGAAGAGCAUGGUUUUGAGAGCACCACGAUUUCAGACAUUUUGAAAAAUAAGGGCAAAAGUAAUGAUGGCUCCUGGCUUUGGUGCACCACCGAUGACUCUGUAUAUGAUGCUGUGAAGUCGAUGACUCAGCACAAUGUUGGAGCCUUGGUAGUCGUACGACCUGGGGAGCAAAAUGCAGUUGCUGGAAUCAUCACAGAAAGAGAUUAUCUGAGGAAAAUUAUAGUUCAGGGAAGAUCAUCCAAGUCCACCAAGGUUGGGGAUAUUAUGACUGAAGAGAACAAGCUUAUCACUGUCACCCCUUCCACCAAAGUCCUGAAGGCAAUGCAACUGAUGACAGAUAACCGCAUCAGGCACAUCCCAGUAGUUGAUGACAAAGGAAUGAUCGGAAUGGUAUCCAUUGGAGACGUGGUUCGUGCUGUGGUGAGCGAGCAUCGGGAUGAGCUGAACCGCUUGAAUGCGUUUAUUCAUGGAGGUUACUAGAUGAUGACGACAAUGAUGAUGUUGACCAAGUUGCUCGAGUAGUACUUACUGUUUGGAAGCAGUAAUCCCUGUAAAUAUUGUUUGUUGCAAUGUUGCACUUUUCACUUUGGGAUGUCAUUUCAUGACUGUUCUAGAAACCUGGACUCCCAAUGGCUAAUAAUGAGCACUCUGAUGCUGUUUGAACUGCUCA